AUGGCAAACCGCGGAAAUAGCCACGACUCGGAGGUGUAUGGUAUUAAAGAUCUCGAGCGACUCGGAUCCCCCAAGUUGGAUAAGUCGGCAAAGGAGUACUACAAUGAGGGCGCCAUGGAUCUCAUCACACUGAGGGAGAGCGAAGCCGCCUACGAUCGCUACAAGAUCCGACCUCCGGUUCUCCGGGACCCCACUGGUCUCGAUGCCAGCACCACCAUAUUUAGAACCAAGGUCACCUUCCCCUUUGGUUUCUCUCAAUCUGCCAUGCAGGCAUUGGCGCAUCCCGAUGGAGAGGUCGGCAAAUCCAAAGCGGCUGCUACUUUCGGAGUUCCCUUGGUCAUCUCCCAUGCCAAAGGAAACCCCUACGCCAUGCAAAUUAGCAUGCUGAAGAACAAGGAAGCUACCAUCAAGUUUAUCAAGAGCGGAGAGUGGGCGGGCUUCCUUCUAACUCUUUAUGCUCCCUACCAAGGUCGAAGACUGAACGAAUUCCGAAACAGUUUCGGUGUGCCCAAAGGCAUAGAAUACCCUAACCUCGUCCCUGACGUAGACGUUACUAAUCUUGAAGAUACUGACGAGUCCAUGGCUUACGAUUCAUCAAUUGAGUGGUCAGAACUCUUGCCCUUCUUCCAUGGACACACCAAAAUGCAGAUCUGGGGCAAGGGAACCGUAGACGGAGGAAUCCGCCGUGGUGCCGACGUCUUCAAAGCUUUGGCUCUAGGUGCUGCCUUCUGCUUCGCUGGACGGCGCGCGACUUGGGGACUGGCUAUGCCCCUGUGGCGGUACAAUGGAUCCAAUGGCGCAGAACUCGCUCCAAAGCUCCUCUAUGACGAGUUCAAGACUACCAUGGCGCGGCUGGAUACGCUGGGCAAGUAG